AUGAUGGGUACCGAAGACAAAAAUCUCUUCACAUGGUUGGAGUCCUUUGUUCCUCGAACUGACAUUAUGUACCAAAAAAAACGGGAUGAUGGGCUCACUGAUAACUGUAUGAUAUUUAUCUGCGGUCCUCGGCAUCUGGUUUUAAGCGAUGUUUUGCAGCAUAACAUUUAUCAUUAUAGGGAUUACCAAGAAGAUACGCUUCCGUUGAACACAACGAUGCCAUUAACUGAAGAAAUAACUAAGAUGGGGCAUCAAUUGGGCAUAUUUUACCAGAACAGAACAUGCCAUGUGAAGGCUGCUAAGGAAGCGGCGUUCUGCGCACCGCCAUACGUCUUACACCCGUCCAACUGCUUUAACCAGGUCUAUGUCGAUGGUGAGGUGAAGGACGUAAUCGAAUUCAGCCAGUCUUUAGUAGCAUCACGUUUCAACCACUUCGUCAUCUUGAAGUUCAACAGCGAACUCAUUGGACCAUACGAGACUCUGCGCCAGACCCCGCAGUUGGAGUGCCGCUGCGUGACCAUCAAGGGUGUCGUUCUAUCCACCAUCCAAAUCGAGAACUACUACGCCAAGUAA